AUGAAUAUUCAAAACAUUUAUAAAGAACCAAAUUUAUUAAAUAGAAUAUUUUUAAAUGAAAAAGGAUAUGAUGUAGUUACGAUACUAAGAUAUAUUGUUUUAAAGAUUGAUCAAACUAAUCAUAACUUGGAUGACUCGAUCAAACAAGUAUUUAACGAGACCACUGAUCCCAUCGACUACAGAGAUUUCCUUUUAAAUAGUUUUGUUUGUUUAAAAGCUGAAAUAGAUACAAAUACUGCACAAAAUAAUCAAAAUAAUCAAAAUAAUAAUAAUAAUAAUCAAAAUAAUAAUCAAAAUAAUAAUCAAAAUAAUAAUGAUAAUAAUAAUAAACAACAGACAACACUGAAAAGAAAGAUUGAACAACAAAAAAUACCAAAUAAUUCAUUUUAUAAAUUAUUAUCAUUAGUUAAACAAAUAGAGUCAAAAAAUGUUAUUUCUUUAAUAGGUUAUACAGGUGAAACUUAUCAAAAUACACCAAUUGGUUAUAUAUUAACAAGUCCAUCAUUUAAAAGAAUUUCAGAAAGACAUUUUGAAAUUUUAGAGGAUAUCUUUAAAAAUCAUUAUUUAUUUACUAGAUCAACCUCCAAUAGAAACAUAUACAUACAAAUAUCUGGUUUACCUGUUUCUUUUUUUGCUAAAAAAAAUAGAUAUUUACAAAUACAACAACAACAACAACAACAACAACAGCAACAUCAACAACAACAACAACAACAACAACAACAACAACAACAAAACCAACAAAAACAAAAAAUAUUAAAUAAAAAAGAAAAUGAUUAUGAAAAGAUAGAAUCAAAAACUAGAUUACCAAGUUGGAUUAGAAAGAGAAAUAAAAAGAAAGAACAACAACAAUUAAAUAAAGAGAAUCAAAUUAAAAAGAGGAAUGAAGAACAACGAGAAAAACAAACAAAUUUAAAUAAAACAAAUUAUAAAGCAAUAGCGAAACCAAGUUAUAGAAUAAAUAAUUUUAUAAAGGAUGAUGAAGAGAAUGAAAGAGAUAAUCAAAUUGUUCAUAAUCAUAUACUAUAUUCAAUGACGCCAUCAUCCACAUUUUUACCAAAUAAAAUUUCAAAAUUAUUAAAUAAUAAGCAGUUAAUAAUUAAUGGUAAAAUCAGUUUAAAUUAUACAAAGAAAUUACUAUGGUAUUUACUUUCACAACCACUCUCAUCAUGUAUAUCUAAACAAAGCAAACAUAAUCAAAAAUCUUUAAUUGACAUAUUACCAAAGAAACCAAAUCAAAUUAGAAUUCAAAGUUCAUUUAAACCAACAUUACCAAUAUUCUCCAAUAUAUUUCAAAAAUUAAACAAUACAAAAUCAUAUCAACAUAUAUUAGAUUCCUUAUAUACAAAUUAUCAUUUUGGUAGUAGUAGCAAUAAUAAUAAUAAUAAUUCAACAAAAUCUAUAAAUAUAGAAUCAACACAAAUUGAUUUAAAAUCAUUAAUUAAUAAUAAUUGUCCAAUUGAUUUAGUUUAUAGAUUUUUGAUAACAAUUACUAAUAGAUUAUUUUGCAAGAAUAAAGUUUGGGGUAGUGAAUAUAAUCAAAAAUGUUUUAAUCAAGGUUUAAUUAUUUUCUUAAAUCAAACAUCAAAUAAAAAAUUAAAAUUUAAUUCAUUUUGUAAAAGAUUUAAUUUGAAUCAAUUUCUGUUUGGUACUAAUUGUUCAAUAAUUUAUUUUAAAAGAUUUAUGUGGUGGUUAUUUGAAGAGAUCAUUCCAUCAAUAAUUAGAAACUAUUUCUAUUGUACAGAAUCAACAGAUUCUUUAAAAUUAUUAUAUUUUAGAAAAGUUGAUUGGUUCAAAUUGGCUGGAAUUCAAUCACAAAAUUUAUCAUUUAAAAUUUAUUCAGAGAUUUAUUUCGUAAAUAAACAAACAAUAGAAAAUAGAAAAUUUGGUAUAUCUUCAUUAAGAUUCAUUCCAAAAACUUCUAAUCUUAGACCAAUUGUAAAUUCAAAAAAUAAUAAUUCAACAUUACCAAUUUUUAAUGAAAAUAAUUCAACAAUUUCAAUGGUAGAUUUCCCUGAAUCAAUUAAUGAUUCUUUAGCUACUUUUGCAUUUCCAAUUUUAAAAUUUGAACUUUUAACAAAUAAUAAUAAUAAUAAUAAUAAUAAUAAUAAUUAUAAUAAUAAUAAUUUAAUUGGUUCUUCAAUUUUUACAAAGAGUGAUAUUUAUUUAAAAUUUAAAUCAAUUAGAGAAGAAUAUGAAAUUUUUUUAAAUAAUAAUAAUAAUUCAACAUCAUCAUCAUCACCAUCAUCAUCAUCAUCUCAAGGUUUAAAAAAGAAAUUAUAUUUCAUGUCAAUUGAUAUUUCAAAAUGUUAUGAUAAUAUUGAUCAAAAAAAGUUAUUUCAAAUUUUAAAUGAAAAAGUAUUUUUAAAUGAAAAGUAUUUAGUUCAAAAUAUUGUAAAUUUUAAAAUGAAAAAAAAGUCUGAAUAUUCACCAUUUAUAAAUACUACAUUUUUUGUUUCAUCUUUAAAUAAUAUACCAACUUUAGAUGAAUCAAUUAGAAUUCAUAAAAAUAAUCAAUCAGAAACUAUCAUUUAUGAUUCAAAAUAUCAACAAAUAAUUGAAAAAAAUCAAUUAUUACAUUUAUUUCAUUCUCAUAUUUUUAAUCAUUAUAUUCGUUAUAGUUCAAAAUUAUUUCAUCAAGUUGUUGGUAUUGGUCAAGGUUCUUUAUGUUCGCCACAUUUAUGUAGUUUAUUAUUAGGUGAUUUAGAAAAUGAAAUUUUAUUACCUUUAUUAAAUAAUAAUAAAAAUAAUAAUAAUAAUAAUAAUAAAAAUAAUAAUAAUAAAAAUAAUAAUAAUAAUAAUAAUAAUAAUAAUAAUAAUAAUAAUAAUAAUAAUAAUAAUAAUAAUAAUAAUAAUAAUAAUAAUAAUAAUAAUAAUAAUAAUAAUAAUAAUAAUAAUAAUAAUAAUAAUAAUAAUAAUAAUAAUAAUAAUAAUAAUUUAGAAUUUAAUUUUUUAGUUAGAUUUAUUGAUGAUUAUUUAUAUGUUUCAACAGAAAUUGAUAAUUUAAAAUCAUUUAAAAAUUUAUUUCAUAAUGGUAUAACAGAGUAUGGUGUAAAAGCAAAUCAAUCCAAGACUAAAUAUUAUUAUUCAGAUGAUGAAAAUAGUGGUUUAAUUAAAAGAGGUGAUGGUGAUGAUAAUGAUCAAUUAUUUAUAGCAUGGUGUGGUUAUUUAAUUAAUUGUAAAACAUUUGAAGUUCAAAAAGAUUAUUCAAGAUUAUCUAAAAAAGUUAAUAAUGAUAAUUUUACAUUUUUUAAUUUUAAUGAUAAUGAUGUAGAAACCAAUGAACAAAUUGAAUGGAGAAAUAAAUUAUUCAAAUUUCUAAUUUCAAAGCUAUCAGAUAAAGCACAACCAAUUCUUUUAGAUUUAACGAUUAAUUCUUUACCAACAAUUUUCCUAAACAUUUAUCAGGUAAUAUUAUUUUGUGCAAUUAAAUUUCAUUGUUGGGUUAAUGAAUUCUAUUGGAACCUUAAUUUUAAUGCAAAUUUAAUUUUAUCACAAGUUAUCUCUAGAAUUUCAAAUUUUUUAUUUAAUCAAAUUUUAAAAGUAAAUAAUAAUAAUAAAAAUAAUAAUAAUGAAACUCAACAACAACAACAACAAUUCAAUUUUAUAAUUUUAUUUGAAAUUAAUUGGUUAACACUUUAUGCAUUUAAAAGAAUUUUAAAAAAGAAACCAACAAAUUAUAUUCAAUUAAUUAAACAAUUAAAAAAUAGAUUAAAUCAAUUAAAUAAUUCUUCAAAAACUUCUUAUAUUCAAUUAAAAUAUAAAAAAACUAUAAAUGAUAAUUUAUCAAUUGAUAUUUUAAAUAUAAUUUAUUAA